AUGGGUGAAUUUGACGGCAGGCAUUUAGCCUUACUCACAGAACUUGUUGGAUCUGGGAACGUUUUGAGGGGACCGUCUGGUGGACUUCGGAUAGAAAGGAAAAGCCUGCCGGUUCUUGACAGGAUAAGGGAUGAUAUUGUAUCCGGACGAACGGUAGGGAGGAAGGUAUCGAACGGUGUAAAGUCGGAAGCGUACAGGUGGGGGGUCGACAUUAGGAAAGAGGAGGCAAGAAGGUAUAGGGAAAUUGAAGAUUGGGGACGUGGUAUUGCCGAAUGGAAAGGUUUUUAUUUUAUACAAAAGGAAAGACAUUUGUGGAAAGAAAGGGAAGAAAGAAAAAAAAGGGAAGAAAGAAGGAAAAAACAGAAAUGGCGUACAUUCAAACGAUCGGAAUACGUACGACGACCGGGACGUGUAUGGAACACGCAGAAUUCGGAGAUAAGGGUGAUCGACGACGAUGGUACUGUACAUUACGUAUCGAAUCCAGACUUUGUACCUGGAUUCAGAGAUUGAUGGUUUUUUAAAUUGUAUUUUUUUAUGUUUGAUAGGAAAGAAAGAAAGAAUGGAAAGUUUCGGUUCGGAAAUCAGGAGACUUGCGUCGGAACGAAAGAGACGGAGGGUGAAAGAAGAACGUAAGAGGCUGAAAGAAGAAUUCAUGAGGACUGGAGAAAAACUCAGGAGGUUGGAGGAGAAGAAAUUUUUUAUGGAAGAGCAGGGUCGUCGCGUCGACAAAAUUAAGGAUAAACUUUUAUCCGGAAGAAAUUGUGAAAUUUUAUGUCGCGGGGUGGAAAUGGAAAAAAAGGGUUUUGAGUUUAGGUUGGAUCUGGAAAACGACGAGAGGGAGAACACGCGUGCCUUGCGAAAAAUUCUCGGUUACGAUCGUUAUCUGGAAGAUGGUGGUUACGAUGAGAUCGAAAUACUUAUCUGUCCUAACGAGAUUGAUAAUACGGAAGAGGAAGUGGGAAAUUAUAUGGAUUAUGGAACCUUGGUGUAUGGUUAG